CUGGGCAGCAGCUACACAGCACACCUUGCUCAACCUUUGCACAACAUUGCUGCGUUUUGCAAAGAAGGACAAAAGAGAAAACAAAAUGUAAAGCUUCAGCAAAUGUGACACGUGAGAGCACGGAGAGCAGGGACAAAUGCAGACAGGUGACCAGGCCUCGUUCCACGGAGCAAGAGGAGUCUGUUUUUAAUAUUUCCACUCACACAUGGAGUGAAAAUGCUGAACCUAUCACUCAACCUUGCCACCUGGUGGAGCUGUGAAGGUUAAACCCACUGCUGGACAAGAGGAAUAUCACACACACAACUACCUCCCUCAUCUGGGGGAAUGCCUGCUCUGCAACCUUUCCCUCAGUUCCACCUCAUUUUUACCUGCUAAAGACAACAAAACAGGCUGCAUCGUUUGGUGAAGGGUUUAAAACUUUCCUCUCCAGCUUUACGUCACAGAAGUGCCUGGAUGAGGCAGAAAGAGAGUGUUCUCCCUCUGAUGUAUAAGCACAUGCACGCGGGACAUGAUCCACGGCUGUGAGCAACAGUUAACUGUGUCAGUUUGCAAAUAAGAAGCAAAUUGAGCCACGCGGGAAAAGUCACUCGCACGAAAAAAAGGCCGACCAGGAAGAGCAAAGCAAGAUGGAGAUCUCAUCAAAUGACACAUUCUCUGCAGCUCCAACAAUAGCACAAAAUGUCACAGGACAGACAGACAAAACUGCCUCUCACAACUGGGAGUUCCUGGUGGCCGUCCUGGUCACAGCCAUCUCCAUCUCCAUCCUCAUCACCCUUCUGGCUAAAUGCCAGGUGGUCCGCCGUUACCUGGCGAGUUACCGCCACACACGGCUGAGGGAGACGGACACUGUGAGCCAGUGUGAGCCCUCAGGCCUAGAGGUGGAGUUUAACGUCCAAAACGGACGUGGAAUGAGCCCUCACUCCAUCUCGUCCAUGAGUGAGGAGGAUGACGACGGCUUCAUCGAGGACAACUACAUCCCAGCCAUGGAGAGAGCGCGGGCUGAGAGAGCGGCAGAAAUCAUGGAGGACACCGAAGAGGAGAUGGAUGAGAUUGAAUUUUCCAUUGCAUAGUCUCUCUACACCGCCAACCAUCAAUUCCACUCCCACUCUAUAAUCAUCUUUUCUUUACACCCACAGAGGGUGAAUUAUUAUUCUACACAUUUUCAACAUGUGGUUUAUAUUUUAGGUCUCCACUAAUGUGCAUUUUAUACACAGGACAAUUAAUAUUUAAGCUAUGUGUGGUGUAUUUAUCAACAUCGGUGACAGUGAUUUAUAUGUGACUUUGUAUGAAUCAAAGGGAUAAAGUUGUGUCUUGAAACAGACAUAUUCUCCUUCUGUAGCUGUAUAUGUUAACAGUUUCUCAAUGUUUGAUUGUUUUGAUUAUAACGUAGACAUGGGACAUGGAAAAUAUGUUUGAGGAUGACCUCAAAUGUGCUGAGUGAAAAACAGCAACAUGUGCAUUGAUUUAUACAAACCAUGGGCUGCAAUUAAAAAGCUUGAGGUAAACUUAAAUUAUUUCUUAUAAUUAAAAUCCUUAUAUUUAAACAAUCUA